AUGAAAGAACAGAACAUCACCCCAUCCCUAGCCAUCAAAGCCGGACCAUGUUAGGACUAUGCUGACUUUAGUUAAGGUCCUAAUGAGAAGACCAGCUGUCACAAGAUGGAGAGAGCAGCAGUAGGCUAAGGUUACGUCCCAAACUGCACCCUAUUCCCUAUGCAGUGCACUACUUUUGAGCAGGGCCCAUAGGGAAUAGGGUGCCAUUUGGGAUGUCGACUAAUGGUAACCUCUCCCCUUGGCUUUAACCGGAGUCAUUCAACCAAUCAGGCAGCGUUUACACAGGCAGCCCAGUUAUUGGCAAAAGAUCUGAUCGGAUUGGUCAAAAGACAAAUUAGUGGCAAAAGGUCAGUGUUGGGCUGCCUGUGUCAAUGCAGCCGUUGACCUUCCAUCUCCGAUAUGGAGGACAUGGGAUCCCGACCCAAAUGACAUUAGCUGAGCUGAGGGAAGCUUAAUUGGUUUCAUUGAUUUGGAUUUGGCUUGCAGCCUCGGACAACGUUUAUGUAUGAGAAUGGCGUGUUUAUAGUCAGCUGUUGUUUGUAUACUGGUAAAUUAAGUUUUCAGAUUUUGGUCAUGAUUUGGCCUAGACACAACGGUCUAGACCAGGGGUGGACUAACCUUUUUGGCUCAAGGGCCACAUUGAGUUUUUGAAACCAAGUGCGUGACAAAACAUGUGAAGCCUUUUUUAAAUUCAUUUUUGCAUUGACACGCAACUACUAGUGUGCUGUAGGUGUACAUACGCUUGCAGAACAAUUCUACCCUUGUACCAUCGCUACCCUUGUUUUUUUUUUUGUGAGCACAUUUUUCAAGAUUUUCACAAAAUUGAUAUAAUUUAUAACAUCACAGACAGUCAAACACACACAGAUCCUGCAUCUAUACCCUUGUAAAGUACAAACUUAGUCACAAUAUGCAAACUAAAAAUAUGACUUGAGACUGAAAAUGUAACAGCAGAUGUGUAAAAAAAAAAAACGAUUCUAGAUUUGAUAGAGCAUCUGUUUCAUUUGGAACGGUCUGUUUUUGAAAGCAUAUCAAGGAACAAUUCUCAUCUCCAUUGUGAGCCAUAUUUACAGUUAUCCAAUCACCUCACCCCAAAUCUGACUGAUUUUAGUUAUUACCUGUAUCCAAGUGCAUUGCUGGACAAUUCUCACUGCAUAACCAUCACCAUGAAAAAGCAUAAUCCUUGCAUACCCCAGUCAGUCAGGUUAUUCGAGUCUUAAUGUGAACAAUGGGUCUGGUCACCUCUCUUGGCAAGGGCAUCAAAGUCUGGUGUCAUCUUUUGAUGUAGAGAUUCUCAGAACAGCUGACGAGUGGUAAUUUGUUAAAUUUGACCUGUGACGGGAUUUGUUGUAAUUCAUGACUGAGAACGUUUGUUCACACACACAUGUGUGGACCUGAAUAAAACAAGCAUCCUUUGGGUGUGCUUUUUAAUGUUUGGGAACUUCGAUCAAAGUGCUAGUGUGUGUCUCAGUGCGGCACUGUGAUGUGGGCGCGUUCAGUGCGGCCAGUGUCGGAAAAUGAGCGCGAGACCGGCUGCUCAUUUGUCUGGAGAACAACAUACGUUUGGCCUUUGAAUGCUUUGACGUUGGAAUACAGUUCAUGCACAAAAACACAAUUUCCCUGCAGUGUCACAUUUCGAUCGUUCAGAUGCCCCAAUAUGUCCACACCGAAAGCAAAGUCGCCCAGCCAGUCUGUGUCUUUUCAACACGGAGAAGUCGUCAGCUUUACCCACCAUAUCAAGGAACAUACCUAUCUCCCCUCUCAGUUCCCACACACUGCAAAAUACUUUUCCCAGGCUUAGCCAGCGCACAUUUGAAUGGUACAUCAAGUCCUGGUGCUCUGCCUCUGUGUCAUUGAGCAGAUGACAACCACUUUGACAACAUUUUCCAGCUUUAACACACUUUUAGAAUGCUUGCUUGAAAAAUGACGAUUGAGAUUAUAUUCCGUAAAAAUGGCAACACUUUCUUAGCUUCUCAUACAUACCACCUUAUUUCUAAUAUUAGUAAAGUAUUUUGCUGUCCAUUCUUCUUUAAACACACAACAUUCAGAGUCCUCAUUUUCGCAGCACUCAUUUUUCACGUCAAAAGUCGUCAAGCAAUGAAGUGGCUAUGACUGAGCGCGUUCUGAAUCUGACUGAAGGCCAAAAUAUAGAGCGCGCUACCAGGCUACAGCGCCAUCUAUUGGAGGUUGUUUGUAUAUCAUGGAAUGAGUAAUUUUAGGCCAAAAAUCGUAACUCAAAUAUAAUAUUUAAUACAUUAAAAAAAUGUCUCGUGGGCCGGAUUGAAGUGCCCAGCUUUACUACUUAGCCCCCCCCCCCCCUGGUCUAGAUCCCAGUCCCGUUGUAGACCUGUGGCCUGUUGACUUAUGCAUCUCAAUAUGCAGUGGAAGUACACAGGGAGUUUUAUAACCCCCUCAAAAGGCUUAACGUCAUUUAGCAGAUGCUCUUAUCCAGAGCGACUUAGUUAGUGAGUGCAUAAUUAUUUUAUUUUUUUCAUACUGGCCCCCCUUGGGAAUCGAACCCACAACCCUGGCGUUGCAAACGCCAUGCUCUACCAACUGAGCUACAUCCCUGCCGGCCAUUCCCUCCCCUACCCUGGACGACGACUACGACGCUGGGCCAAUUGUGCGCCGCCCCAUGGGUCUCCCGGUCGCGGCCGGCUAUGACAGAGCCUGGAUUCGAACCAGGAUUUCUUAGUUCAGAAUUGGUUCAUUUAACAGCUAAUUCAGGUCGAGUCAUGCGUAACCGGAAACGUGACCCGCCAAACCGGGCUUCUUAACACCUGCUCGCAUAACCCGGAAGCCAGCUGCACCAAUGUGUCGGAGGAAACACCAUUCAGCUGACGACCAAAGUCAGCCCACAGGCGCCCGGCCUGCCAAAAGGAGUCGCUAGAGAGCGCUGAGCCAAUUAAAGCCACCCCGGCCAAACCCUCCCCUAACCCGGACGACGCUGGGCCAAUUGUGCACCGCCCUGUGGGACUCCCGGUCACGGCCGGUAAUGACACAGCCUGGGAUCGAACCCAAUGCUGUAGUGACGCUGCAACAAUGCAGUGCCUUAGAGAGGCCGUUACUGCCUUAUUCUAAAAUGGAUUACAUGAUUUUUUCCCCCCCUCAUCAAUCUACACACAAUACCCCAUAAUGACAAAGCAAAAAAACUUUUUUAGAAUUUGAACAUUUAGUGUCAACUAUAAACAAAUAAAUAUCAAUAUGGCAUUGAGAGUUCAUUGAAAGAUUGCCUUCCAUAAUCAAACCACACACACAUAAGUAGCAGUAAAGAACAUCCACUAAACAUGGCUUCUGGUCCAGACCAAUGGAAAUAUGUAGCAAUUGCACCAUGAUACUGUCAGACUCAAAGAAAACACCUAAACCUUGCACCAUCCCUACGGUGAAGCGUGGUGGUGGCAGCAUCAGGCUGUGGGGAUGUUUUUCCAGCAGCAGGGACUGGGAGACUAGUCAGGAUCGAUGGAAAGAUGAACGGAGCAAAGUACAGAGAGAUCCUUGAUGAAAACCUGCUCCAGAGCGCUCAGGACAUCAGACUGGGGCGAAGGUUCACCUUCCAACAAGACAACGACCCUAAGCACACAGCCAAGACAACGCAGGAGUGGCUUCGGGACAAGUCUCUGAAUGUCCUUAAGUGGCCCUGCCAGAGCCCGGACUUGAACCCGAUCGAACAUCUCUGGAGAGAUCUGAAAAUAGCUGUGCAGCAAUGCUCCCCAUCCAACCUGACAGAGCUUGAGAGGAUCUGCAGAGAAGAAUGGGAGAAACUCCCCAAAUACAGUUGUGCCAAGCAUGUAGCAUCAUACCCAAGAAGACUCGAGGCUGUAAUCGCUGCCAAAGGUGCUUCAGCAAAGUACUGAGUAAAGGGUCUGAAUACUUACGUAAAUUUGAUAUUUGUUUUUCGUUUUUUAUAAAUUAGCAACAAUUUCCACAAACCUGUUUUUGCUUUGUCAUUAUGGGGUAUUGUGUGUAGAUUGACGAGGGGGAAAAAAACGAUUUAAUCCAGGUUAGAAUAAGGCUUUAACGUAACAAAAUGUGGAAAAAGUCAAGGGGUUUGAAUACUUCCCGACGGCAUUGUAUAUAAUCAUGGUGUACAAAACACCUGUCUGUUUCGCCCGUCUGAGUGGACUGAUCCAUUGUGGAGGCCGUGGGGAUGGCACAGUCCUUCACUAAGACGUGCUACUGAAAUUGUACAGUGGGGGAAAAAAGUAUUUAGUCAGCCACCAAUUGUGCAAGUUCUCCCACUUAAAAAGAUGAGAGGCCUGUAAUUUUCAUCAUAGGUACACGUCAACUAUGACAGACAAAAUGAGAAAAAAAAAUCCAGAAAAUCACAUUGUAGGAUUUUUAAUGAAUUUAUUUGCAAAUUAUGGUGGAAAAUAAGUAUUUGGUCAAUAACAAAAGUUUCUCAAUACUUUGUUAUAUACCCUUUGUUGGCAAUGACACAGGUCAAACGUUUUCUGUAAGUCUUCACAAAGUUUUCACACACUGUUGCUGGUAUUUUGGCCCAUUCCUCCAUGCAUAUCUCCUCUAGAGCAGUGAUGUUUUGGGGCUGUCGCUGGGCAACACAGACUUUCAACUCCCUCCAAAGAUUUUCUAUGGGGUUGAGAUCUGGAGACUGGCUAGGCCACUCCAGGACCUUGAAAUGCUUCUUACGAAGCCACUCCUUUGUUGCCCGGGCGGUGUGUUUGGGAUCAUUGUCAUGCUGAAAGACCCAGUCACGUUUCAUCUUCAAUGCCCUUGCUGAUGGAAGGAGGUUUUCACUCAAAAUCUCACGAUACAUGGCCCCAUUCAUUCUUUCCUUUACACGGAUCAGUCGUCCUGGUCCCUUUGCAGAAAAACAGCCCCAAAGCAUGAUGUUUCCACCCCCCAUGCUUCACAGUAGGUAUGGUGUUCUUUGGAUGCAACUCAGCAUUCUUUGUCCUCCAAACACGACGAGUUGAGUUUUUACCAAAAAGUUCUAUUUUGGUUUCAUCUGACCAUAUGACAUUCUCCCAAUCCUCUUCUGGAUCAUCCAAAUGCACUCUAGCAAACUUCAGACGGGCCUGGACAUGUACUGGCUUAAGCAGGGGGACACGUCUGUCACUGCAGGAUUUGAGUCUCUGGCGGCGUAGUGUGUUACUGAUGGUAGGCUUUGUUACUUUGGUCCCAGGUCUCUGCAGGUCAUUCACUAGGUCCCCCCGUGUGGUUCUGGGAUUUUUGCUCACCGUUCUUGUGAUCAUUUUGACCCCACUGGGUGAGAUCUUGCGUGGAGCCCCAGAUCGUGGGAGAUUAUCACUGGUCUUGUAUGUCUUCCAUUUCCUAAUAAUUGCUCCCACAGUUGAUUUCUUCAAACCAAGCUGCUUACCUAUUGCAGAUUCAGUCUUCCCAGCCUGGUGCAGGUCUACAAUUUUGUUUCUGGUGUCCUUUGACAGCUCUUUGGUCUUGGCCAUAGUGGAGUUUGGAGUGUGACUGUUUGAGGUUGUGGACAGGUGUCUUUUAUACUGAUAACAAGUUCAAACAGGUGCCAUUAAUACAGGUAACGAGUGGAGGACAGAGGAGCCUCUUAAAGAAGAAGUUACAGGUCUGUGAGAGCCAGAAAUCUUGCUUGUUUGUAGGUGACCAAAUACUUAUUUUCCACCAUAAUUUGCAAAUAAAUUCAUAAAUAAUCCUACAAUGUGAUUUUCUGGAGAGAGAAAAAUUUGAUAAUGAAAAUUUUAGGCCUCUCUCAUCUUUUUAAGUGGGAGAACUUGCACAAUUGGUGGCUGACUAAAUACUUUUUUCCCCACUGUAUGCUUGCAGAACAAUUCUACCCUUGUACCAUCUCUACCCUUGUUUUUUUUGUGAGCACAUUUUUCACGAUUUUCACAAAAUUGAUAUAAUUUAUAACAUCAGACAGUCAAACACACACAGAUCCUGCAUCUCUACCCUUGUAAAGUACAAACUUUGUCACAAUAUGCAAACUAAAAAUAGAUAUACACUGCUCAAAAAAAUAAAGGGAACACUUAAACAACACAAUGUAACUCCAAGUCAAUCACACUUCUGUGAAAUCAAACUGUCCACUUAGGAAGCAACACUGAUUGACAAUACAUUUCACAUGCUGUUGUGCAAAUGGAAUAGACAACAGGUGGAAAUUAUAGGCAAUUAGCAAGACACCCCCAAUAAAGGACUGGUUUUGCAGGUGGUGACCACAGACCACUUCUCAGUUCCUAUGCUUCCUGGCUGAUGUUUUGGUCACUUUUGAAUGCUGGCGGUGCUUUCACUCUAGUGGUAGCAUGAGACGGAGUCUACAACCCACACAAGUGGCUCAGGUAGUGCAGCUCAUCCAGGAUGGCACAUCAAUGCGAGCUGUGGCAAGGUUUGCUGUGUCUGUCAGCGUAGUGUCCAGAGCAUGGAGGCGCUACCAGGAGACAGGCCAGUACAUCAGGAGACGUGGAGGAGGCCGUAGGAGGGCAACAACCCAGCAGCAGGACCGCUACCUCCGCCUUUGUGCAAGGAGGAGCAGGAGGAGCACUGCCAGAGCCCUGCAAAAUGACCUCCAGCAGGCCACAAAUGUGCAUGUGUCUGCACAAACGGUCAGAAACAGACUCCAUGAGGGUGGUAUGAGGGCCCGACGUCCACAGGUGGGGGUUGUGCUUACAGCCCAACACCGUGCAGGACGUUUGGCAUUUGCCAGAGAACACCAAGAUUGGCAAAUUCGCCACUGGCGCCCUCUGCUCUUCACAGAUGAAAGCAGGUUCACACUGAGCACAUGUGACAGACGUGACAGAGUCUGGAGACGCCGUGGAGAACGUUCUGCUGCCUGCAACAUCCUCCAACACGACCAGUUUGGCGGUGGGUCAGUCAUGGUGUGGGGUGGCAUUUCUUUGGUGGGCCGCAAAGCCCUCCAUGUGCUAGCCAGACGUAGCCUGACUGCCAUUAGGUACCGAGAUGAGAUCAUCAGACCCCUUGUGAGACCAUAUGCUGGUGCGGUUGGCCCUGGGUUCCUCCUAAUGCAAGACAAUGCUAGACCUCAUGUGGCUGGAGUGUGUCAGCAGUUCCUGCAAGAGGAAGGCAUUGAUGCUAUGGACUGGCCCGCCCGUUCCCCAGACCUGAAUCCAAUUGAGCACAUCUGGGACAUCAUGUCUCGCUCCAUCCACCAACGCCACGUUGCACCACAGACUGUCCAGGAGUUGGCGGAUGCUUUAGUCCAGGUCUGGGAGGAGAUCCCUCAGGAGACCAUCCGCCACCUCAUCAGGAGCAUGCCCAGGCGUUGUAGGGAGGUCAUACAGGCACGUGGAGGCCACACACACUACUGAGCCUCAUUUUGACUUGUUUUAAGGACAUUACAUCAAAGUUGGAUCAGCCUGUAGUGUGGUUUUCCACUUUAAUUUUGAGGGUGACUCCAAAUCCAGAACUCCAUGGGUUGAUACAUUUGAUUUCCAUUGAUAAUUUUUGUGUGAUUUUGUUGUCAGCACAUUCAACUAUGUAAAGAAAAAAGUAUUUAAUAAGAUUAUUUCAUUCAUUCAGAUCUAGGAUGUGUUAUUUUAGUGUUCCCUUAAUUUUUUUGAGCAGUGUAUAUUAUGACUUGAGACUGAAAAUGUAACAGCAGAUGUGUAAAAAAAAAAAAACGAUUCUAGAUUUGAUAGAGCAUCCGUUUCAUUUGGAACGGUCUGUUUUUGAAAGCAUAUCAAGGAACAAUUCUCAUCUCCAUUGUGAGCCAUAUUUACAGUUAUCCAAUCACCUCACCCCAAAUCUGACUGAUUUUUAGUUAUUACCUGUAUCCAAGUGCAUUGCUGGACAAUUCUCACUGCAUAACCAUCACCAUGAAAAAGCAUAAUCCUUGCAUACCCCAGUCAGUCAGGUUAUUCGAGUCUUAAUGUGAACAAUGGGUCUGGUCACCUCUCUUGGCAAGGGCAUCAAAGUCUGGUGUCAUCUUUUGAUGUAGAGAUUCUCAGAACAGCUGACGAGUGGUAAUUUGUUAAAUUUGACCUGUGACGGGAUUUGUUGUAAUUCAUGACUGAGAACGUUUGUUCACACACACAUGUGGACCUGAAUAAAACAAGCAUCCUUUGGGUGUGCUUUUUAAUGUUUGGGAACUUCGAUCAAAGUGCUAGUGUGUGUCUCAGUGCGGCACUGUGAUGUGGGCGCGUUCAGUGCGUUCAGUGUCGGAAAAUGAGCGAGAGACCGGCUGCUCAUUUGUCUGGAGAACAACAUACGUUUGGCCUUUGAAUGCUUUCACGUUGGAAUACAGUUCAUGCACAAAAACACAAUUUCCCUGCAGUUAUAUAAUAUCUUAAUAUAAGUUUAUAUAUUAUUUUAUAUUAAGUAAAUAUAACAUAAUAUAAUAACUUAAUAUAAUAUAACAGAGCGCUUAAAGCAUCAGACAGUGAAUAUAGUUGAUUUGAAGUGGUCCUCUGUAGCUCAACGUGGUCCUCUGUAGCUCAAUUGGUAGAGCACGGCGCUUGUAACGCCAGGGUAGUGGGUUCGAUCCCCGGGGCUACCCAUACGUUAAAAAAAAUGUAUGCACGCAUGACUGUAAGUCGCUUUGGAUAAAAGCGUCUGCUAAAUGGCUUAUUAUUAUUAUUAUUAUUAUUAUUAUUAUUAAAACAUAUAGGAUGUGUCUCCUAUAUGGAAAAAUACACAUUUAAAAAUGUUUCAACCAAUCGAUUGUUUCAAAGAACAGAGGACUCUUGGUUGACCAAUAUUUGUUUUAGUCGGGGAUAGCCCUACUGUGCAUUGAAAUUGCCAUCGAUAAAAUGCAUUUGGGUUCGUUGUCCGUAACACGACGAGGCCGGUUGGACGUAAUGCCAGGGCGGCAUAUGGUAGAGAAAUUAUUAUUCAAUUAUCUGGCAACGGCUCUGGUGGACAUUUUCUGCAGUCAGCAUUCCAAUUGCACGCUCCCUCAACUUGACACAUCUGUGGCGUUGUUUGACAAAACUGCACAUUUUAUAGUGGCCUUUUAUUGUCCCCAGCACAAGGUGCACCUGUGUAAUGAUCAUACUGUUUUAAUCAGCUUCUUGAUAUGCCACACCUGUCAGGUGGAUGGAUUAUCUUGAAAAAUUAGAAAUGCUCACUAGCAGGGAUGUAAACAAAUUUGUGCACAAAAUUGUAGAGAAAUAAGCUUUUUGUGUAUGGAAAAUUUCUGGGAUCUUUUAUUUCAGCUCAUGAAACAUGGGACCAACACUUUACAUGUUGCGUUUUAUAUUUUUGUUGUAUGUGUUGGUGGCCGGUUUCCCGGACAAAGAUUAAGCCAAGUCCUGGACUAAAAGGCACUUUUCAAAUCAAAGUUGAUUGGUUGAGUGUAUAUACAGUUUAUCAGAUGUUUAUAGGGGGUGCAUCUAAAUGCUGAUGUUACUAGCUCCUAACAGUGCAGCAUAAAUGUCAAACAAGUACGUACACAAAUAAUAAUCAAAAUUGAGGUUGUAAUUGGAGGUUCUGUGUAUUUUUAUGGGCACAAGCACUGUUCACACCCCUAUUGUUGGUGGAGAGAAUUUAGACUGCAACAUUUCCUCCAUGACAAAAAUGUGUAGAAUUGCAGGAAUAAAGCUUUUAAACCUGCUAAAAUCUCUCCACCAACAGAGGGGUGGGAACAGUCGGGAACAAAGGGGUGGGAACAGUCGGGAACAGAGGGGUGGGAACAGUCGGGAACAGAGGGGUGGGAACAGUCGGGAACAGAGGGGUGGGAACAGUCGUGAACAGAGGGGUGGGAAUCCUAGAGGACAGGGAAUACAUAUUAUAACAGAUACUGGAUCAUGUCAAAUUAAUUCUGUUGUUUUGAUCCUAACCUUGUCUCGCUCUCUCCCCCCCCAUCACACUCCCUCUCUUUCUCUCCCUCUCUUUCUCCCCCAUCACUCUCUCCCCCCAUCACUCUCUCCCUCUCUUUCUCUCCCUCUCUUUCUCUCCCUCUCUUUCUCUCCCUCUCUUUCUCUCCCUCCUUCUCUCCUCUCCCUCUCUCUCUCCCUCUCUCUCCCGUUUCACCCCCGCUUUCACCCCCUCUCUCCCUCCCCAUCACUCUUCCUCUCCCUCUCUUUCUCCCCCUCUCUCCCCCCAUCACUCUUUCUCCCCCCCAUCACUCUUUCUCCCCCCCAUCACUCUCUCCCCCCCCUCUCUCUCCCCCUCUCUCUCCCCCUCUCUCUCUCCCCUCUACCAGGUCCCUUUACAGAUGUAGUCACCACCAGCCUGACGCUGAAGAACCCAUCUGAUAAAAGAGUAUGUUUCAAAGUGAAGACCACAGCUCCCAGGAGAUACUGCGUACGGCCAAACAGUGGCAUCAUCGAUGCAGGCGUCAUCGUCACCAUCUCUGGUGAGUCAAAUGGGUCACGUGACGGAACUCUCAGGCUGGAAUUUAAAUAGUAUUGGAAUCAUAUUGCAAAUCAUCCCAUGCAAUGAACUUGUACUGUAACGGACAGUUUUCCUGACACACAGUCCAGGGUGCCAUUAUUCAUACAUUUAUUAUUAGAUGGAUGGAGGGUUCUGAUUAAUGAUAAUUGUACCUGAAGUAGGAAAAUUAUGUUAACUGUAUUAGGUUGUCCAGCAUGUCCUGGUCUAUUAAACAUGUUCAAUGGAGAAUCUGGUGCUUUUUUUUAGUCCAGUCAGGACUAGGCCUGAAAAAACAGCCUUAAGGUUACAGUCGUAGUAUUGAAAAUCAAAAACUACAUUCUAAAUGAUUUAUAGCGUAAUUCAAGCACAUGUUUGUUUUUGUUUUUUUUGCUGAGAAAUGUGACUUUUUCUUCAAUCAAUCUGUUCCAGUAAUGCUCCAGCCCUUUGACUACGACCCCAAUGAGAAAAGUAAACACAAAUUCAUGGUCCAGAGCAUCUUUGCUCCCCCUAAUGAGUCUGAGCUGGAUGCUAUGGUGAGUCUAGUUCUUACAGUCAUCUACAACUGCUGGAGCGGGUUCUCCAACCCUGUUCCAACUGCUGGAGCGGGUUCUCCAACCCUGUUCCAACUGCUGGAGCGGGUUCUCCAACCCUGUUCCAACUGCUGGAGCGGGUUCUCCAACCCUGUUCCAACUGCUGGAGCGGGUUCUCCAACCCUGUUCCAACUGCUGGAGCGGGUUCUCCAACCCUGUUCCUGGGUCCUGUUUGGCUCUGGUGGUAGAGCAUGGCGUGGGUUUGAUUCCCACGGGGGACCAGUACGAAAAAAGUAGGAACAUUUAUGCACUCACUAACUGUAAGUUGCUCUGGAUAAGCGCGUCUGCUAAAUGACUAAAAUGUAAACAAUUUAAACUCCAACCCUGUUCCUGGAGAAAGACCCUCCUGUAGGUUUUCGCUCCAACCACAGUUGUAACUAACCUGAUUCAGCUCAUCAACCAGCUAAUUAUUAGUAUCAGGUGCUCGAUUUUAAGGUUGGAGUGAAAACUUACAGGAGGGUAGUUCUCCAGGAACAGGGUUGGAGUUAAAACCUACAGGAGGGUAGUUCUCCAGGAACAGGGUUGGAGUUAAAACCUACAGGAGGGUAGUUCUCCAGGAACCGGUUUGGUGUUAAAACCUACAGGAGGGUAGUUCUCCAGGAACCGGUUUGGUGUUAAAACCUACAGGAGGGUAGUUCUCCAGGAACAGGGUUGGAGUUAAAGCCUACAGGAGGGUAGUUCUCCAGGAACAGGGUUGGAGUUAAAACCUACAGGAGGGUAGUUCUCCAGGAACAGGGUUGGAGUUAAAACCUACAGGAGGGUAGUUCUCCAGGAACAGGGUUGGAGUUAAAACCUACAGGAGGGUAGUUCUCCAGGAACAGGGUUGGAGUUAAAACCUACAGGAGGGUAGUUCUCCAGGAACCGGGCUGGAGUUAAAACCUACAGGAGGGUAGCUCUCCAGGAACAGGGUUGGAGUUAAACCCUACAGGAGGGUAGCUCUCCAGGAACAGGGUUGGAGAACCCUGUUCAAGAUGAACAUACUGUAAUGUAUUAUCUAUGACAGCGAUUCUCAACUGGUGGGUCGUGUCCCAGAUUUGGGUCACGGGAGGUUUUGAAUGGGUCGCGAGUGUCUGGGUAAGAAACAUGGGACCAACACUACAUGUUGAACACAAAUAUAAACGCAACAUGUAAAGUGUUGGUCCCAUGUUUCAUUAGCUGAAAUAAAAGCUUUAUUUCUCUCAAAUGUUGUGCACAAAUGUGUUUACAUCCCUGUUAGUGAGCAUUUCUCCUUUGCCAAGAUGAUCCAUCCACCUGACAGGUGUGGCAUAUCAAGAAGCUGAUUAAACAGUAUGAUCAUUACACCGGUGCACCUUGUGCUGGGGACAAUAAAAGGCCACUCAAAUAUGCAGUUUUGUCACACAACACAAUGACACAGAUGUUUUGAGGGAGCGUGCAAUUGGCAUGCUGACUUCAGGAAGGUCCACCACAUCUGUUGCCAGAUAAUUGAAUGUUAAUUUCUCUACCAUAAGCCGCCUCCAACGUCGUUUUAGAGAAUUUGGCUGUACGUCCAACCAGCCUCAACCACAGACCACGUGUAACCACGCCAGCCCAGGACCUCCACAUCCGGCUUCUUCACAUGCGGGAUCGUCUGAAACCAGCCACCCGGACAGCUGAUGAAACUGUGGGUUUGCACAACCGAAUAGUUUCUGCACAAACUGUCAGAAACCGUCUCAGGGAAGCUCAUCUGCGUGCUCGUCGCCCCCAGGGUCUUGACCUGGCUGCAGUUCAGCAUCGUAACCGACUUCAGUGGUCAAAUGCUCACCUUCAAUGGCCAUUGGCGCCCUGGAGAAGUGUGCUCUUCACGGAUGAAUCCCGGUUUCUGGCUGAUGGCGUCGUGUGGGCGACCGGUUUGCUGACGUCAACAUUGUGAACAGAGUAGGGCUGACCCCAUUUAGUCGACUGGUCGAUAGUCUGUUGGUCAACCAAGAUUUUGUGGCAAAUAUAUAUAUUUUAAAAAUUAUGGCACACGAGACUCCUGUCUCAGUGGACUAAUCCAUUGCGGCGGCACACCAGUAGUAUAUUUACCCAUAAUUCUCAUAGUUUGUUUGGUUACGGUAAUUUCUGUAUUUAUUAUUAUUAUUAUUACAGGUUUACCGUUGGCAUUGUAGGAGUGGACAUGUUGUUUGCAGAGCGCAAAGUUUUGGUUUACUUAAUUUCAUUGACGAGUUGUCAAUUUUCUCUUUGUCUUUUCUUUGGAGCGCUCCUGUCAAUCUUGAGUAAGGAUACUCAUUUGAUUAAAUCAAAUCACAUUUUAUUGGUCACAUGCGCCGAAUACAACAGGUGCAGACAUUACAGUGAAAUGCUUAUUUACAGCCCUUAACCAACAGUGCAUUUAUUUUUAACAAAAAAAGUAAAAAUAAAACAACAACAAAAAAAGUGUUGAGAAAAAAAAGAGCAGAAGUAAAAUAAAAUAACAGUAGGGAGGCUAUAUAUACAGGGGGGUACCGGUGCAGAGUCAAUGUGCCGGGGCACCGGCUAGUUGAGGUAGUUGAAGUAAUAUGUACAUGUGGGCAGAGUUAAAGUGACUAUGCAUAAAUAAUUUACAGAGUAGCAGCAGCGUAAAAAGGAUGGGGUGGGGGGGCAGUGCAAAUAGUCCGGGUAGCCAUGAUUACGCAUAGAAGUAGGCCUAGGCUACCUAUAGAUGUGCCCAUUUGGGGAUCUGAUACUAUUUCUGAUUGAGAAGCUCCACAGUGAUGGGGAGUUAAGACAAAGUCAUUUUUUCUUCGCCGCAAACAGUAAUUAACGGAAGUCUGUUUUUGCAUCCAUUGAGUGACAAUAGUUCCUCAACGUAGCCUAUUUGAAAAAUCUUUCCAGCUCUCUCCCUUUCGAUAACCACUCAGCAUGAAAGGGGAAAUAAAUGUCAUGCUCAGGUCGGUGGAAACGUCAUAAAAUAGGUCUACCUGAUUUACUUUUUAUCCCAAAUAGCCUAAAGCUGUGUCUGUUUGUCUGGAGCUCACUGGCAGGAAACUCUGAGGGCCCAGAAUAUUUUAUACAAUGUUGCAAGGAGCUUCAGGCUGGACCCAAGUAAAUAGUUUAUACAAUGUUUCAAGGAGCUUCAGGCUGACCCAAGUUAAUAGUUGAUACAAUGUUUCAAGUUCCUUGCUGACAGGCCAUGCGUAGCCAAUGUGAUUUAUAGGAUAUUUAUUUUUAUCAGGAUAUUUUCUACUUGUGGGCUGCAAUAUUUUUAUUUGUUGGCUUUAUGUAGGCUAUUGUUCCAUAUUGGCAAUGGCAAUAGAAGUUACUUUUUAGGUUUUGUAUCAUUUUCAUUUAGAUAUAGUUUUGAUUAACCACAUGACAUGGAUUUUGAGAUAUAUAUGAAGACAAAUGUGCAUAUGAAAAUCGUAACUGGCACGCAGAUCAGUAGAAAUGUUACGAUAACUUGGCACUCCAAAUGGAAAAGGUUGCAGACCGCUGGUGUAGCCUAUUACCGACAACUUCAGGAGCUUAACGGCAGAAUCUGCAAAGGCCAGCAGCAGCGGGUAGUCUUCUGGUUAGGCUAUAUUGAUCUCUAGCUCCCUCUUGAGUCAUUUGUGUGUCUUCAUAUUUAAUCACAGUGCUUAAAGCAUCAGAGAAGCUCAGUAGCCUACAGAUAGUUGAUUUUAUUAACACAGAGGGUGUGGCUAGAGAUGGAAAAAUACCCAUUAUAAAAUUUAGACCAACCGAUUGGUCGAAAGAACAGACGACUCUCGUCGACCAAGAUUUAUUUUUCUGUCUGGGACAUCCCUGGAACAGAGUGCCCCAUGGUGGCUGUGGGGGUAUGGGCAGGCAUAAGUUGCGGACAACUAACACAAUUGCAUUUUAUUGAUGGCAAUUUAAAUGCCGAGAUCCUGAGGCCCAUUGUCGUGCCAUUCAUCCGCCGCCAUCACCUCAUGUUUCAGCAUGAUAAUGCACGGCCCCAUGUCGCAAGGAUCUGUACAAAAUUCCUGGCAGCUGAAAAUGUCCCAGUUCUUCCAUGGCCUGCAUACUCACCAGACACUUACAUUUGAGUAAUUUAGCAGACGCUCUUAAGCAGAGCGACUUACAGUAGUCAGUGAGUGCAUACAUUUUUCAUACUGGUCCCCCAUCAGACAUGUCACCCAUUGAGCAUGUUUGGGAUGCUCUGGAUCGACGUGUACGACAGCAUGUUCCAGUUCCUGCCAAUAUCAAGCAACUUCGCACAGCCAUUGAAGAGGAGUGGGACAACAUUCCACAAUCAACUGCCUGAUCAACACUAUGCGAAGAAGAUGUCACGCUACAUGAGGCAAAUUGUAGUCACACCAGAUACUGACUGGUUUUCUGAUCCACGCCCCUACCUUUUUUUUAAAGGUAUCUGUGACCAAGAGAUGCAUAUCUGUAUUCCCAGUCAUGUGAAAUCCAUAGAUUAGGGCCUAAUUUAUUUAUUUCAAUUGACAAUCAGUCUUUGAAAAUGUUGAAUGUUGCGUUUAUAUUUGUCUUCAGUGUAUUUUUCUUCAAUCACAGUAUUUUCUAUAUGUUAUUAGCAGCGCUAUUUAGCGGAUUAGGUUGAUUUUGUGGUCUCAAACCAGUGAGCCUAACAUUCUUACAUUUACAUUUUAGUCAUUUAGCAGAUGCUCUUAUCCAGAGCGACUUACAGUUAGUGAGUGCAUACAUUUUUCAUACUGCCCCCCCCCCCCCCCCCCCCCCCCCCCCGUGGGAAACGAACCCACAACCCUGCCGUUGCAAGUGCCAUGCUCUACCAACUGAGCUACAGGGGACCUAUAGCAAGAAUAUGGGAAAAAUUGAAUUAUUUACAGUGUAAAAGGUGGGACUGUUGUUCCCUUAUCAUAUAAUUGGUACAUUUACUAUCAGUGUAACAUUAAACUGUUUUCCAAAUUGCAUUUUGGCAACAAAAACCCCCCAACAAAACCAGUUGAGAUCCACCUAUCUGAAUUGUGGUAGUUUCCCCUCUAGUCCAGCAGAGGGCAGCAACAUAAUUGUGGUAGUUUCCCCUCUAGUCCAGCAGAGGGCAGCAACAGUUGUGGUAUUUUCUACUCUAGCCAGGGGUCCAAAACAGCGGAAAAGUUGAGCCUCGCGCUUUAACGCUCUAAGUAGUUGCGGAAAUGUACCACUAUGCUAUUUAUUUUCUGCGUCUACGUCAUAUCGCUGCGUCUACCUUUUUAAGGCCAGGCACCACACCCUAAUAGGGAUUUUUUCCCCCCCGUUUAUCAUAUCACAAUCAUCUUUUACCAAAUAUAGUACUUUCUUGUAUUACAAUUUUUCUGAAAUAUGAUAUUACAAUAUGCAAAUAGAACAUUAUCUCGUUAAAUAUGCAUAUACAUUUUUCAGGAAACUGGAUGAAGUCAGACUAAAUAUUUUGGUUUCAUUUUGUUAAGACACUCCAGGACCAGACAUACUUCAGAGCAGAUUGUGUAUAAAUACUUGUAUUUCUGUCUAUAAAAUACAAAAGCCAUUUAUGUGAAAUAUAUCUGACAGAGAUGGAGACAAUAUUUUCUGACUGCUUUGGUGGAAUUCUCCGCUCUGUCUAGACUACAUUCUUCUCUUGCGUUCUGUAGGCUAGAUAACAUAUUUAUUGAAAUAGGAAAUAGCAAUGUGAAAAUUACUCGGAAUGACACUCGUGUGCUGCACUGCCCGACUCGUUUAAAUUCAAAAAGUUCUAAACCAUCGUCUGUCACAUCACGGUGUCGUCGCCAUCGACGACGGCUGUCAAUCACCGUCGACAGACGAUGCUGUCGUAAUAUUGCCCAACCCUAGUAUGAUGGUGUGUCUGCGUGUGUUUAUGUACUGUGUGUGUGUGUGUGGAUGAAGUCCAGCUAAUAGUAGUUUUAGUCUGAUGAAUAACAUGCGGUAUGUAUUCCUCCCCUCCUCCAGUGGAAAGAUGUGAAACCAGAUGAUCUUAUGGAUUCCAAGCUGAGAUGUGUAUUCGACCUGCCUUCUGAAAACAAUAAAGUGGUAAGUCCUGCUGCCGGACGGAGAGAUUAUCCUACGUUUCCAACCCAAACUCCACCGUGUUUUUCUGAGCUGUUUACUGUUCGUCGAAAGCGUUCAAACUGACCUGGUAGAUGUGUAGCUAAUAUUUAAAAGAUCACAUAAAGGGGGGCGGGGAGGAGGCCCAGUUUACAGUUUUAACAAUUAGUACCAAGUUUCCAUCCAACUAUUUCAUGCGGAUGAAUGCAUAAAAAAAGUCCUUAUGGAAACGGCAAAUUUGUCGCUAAAACUUCCCGAUGUCGACGAAACAAAUCAAAUCAAAUCAAAUCAAAUUUUAUUGGUCACAUGCGCCGAAUACAACAGGUGCAGACAUUACAGUGAAAUGCUUACUUACAGCCCUUAACCAACAGUGCAUUUAUUUUAAACAAAAAAGUAAGAAUAAAACAACAACAAAAAAGUGUUGAGAAAAAAGAGCAGAAGUAAAAAAUAAAGUGACAGUAGGGAGGCUAUAUAUACAAUAGAAUAAAGUGACAGUAGGGAGGCUAUAUAUACAGGGGGGUACCGUUGCAUAGUCAAUGUGCGGGGGCACCGGCUAGUUGAGGUAGUUGAGGUAAUAUGUACAUGUGGGUAGAGUUAAAGUGACUAUGCAUAAAUACUUAACAGAGUAGCAGCAGCGUAAAAAGGAUGGGGUGGGGGGGCAGUGCAAAUAGUCCGGGUAGCCAUGAUUAGCUGUUCAGGAGUCUUAUGGCUUGGGGGUAGAAGCUGUUGAGAAGUCUUUUGGACCUAGACUUGGCACUCCGGUACCGCUUGCCGUGCGGUAGCAGAGAGAACAGUCUAUGACUAGGGUGACUGGAGUCUUUGACAAUUUUGAGGGCCUUCCUCUGACACCGCCUGGUAUAGAGGUCCUGGAUGGCAGGGAGCUUUGCCCCAGUGAUGUACUGGGCCGUACGCACUACCCUCUGUAGUGCCUUGCGGUCAGAGGCCAAGCAGUUGCCAUACCAGGCGGUGAUGCAACCAGUCAGGAUGCUCUCGAUGGUGCAGCUGUAGAAUGUUUUGAGGAUCUGAGGACCCAUGCCAAAUCUUUUUAGUCUCCUGAGGGGGAAUAGGCUUUGUCGUGCCCUCUUCACGACUGUCUUGGUGUGUUUGGACCAUGAUAGUUCGUUGGUGAUGUGGACACCAAGGAACUUGAAGCUCUCAACCUGUUCCACUACAGCCCCGUCGAUGAGAAUGGGGGCGUGCUCAGUCCUCUUUUUUUUCCUGUAGUCCACAAUCAUCUCCUUUGUCUUGGUCACGUUGAGGGAGAGGUUGUUGUCCUGGCACCACACGGCCAGAUCUCUGACCUCCUCCCUAUAGGCUGUCUCAUCGUUGUCGGUGAUCAGGCCUACCACUGUUGUGUCGUCGGCAAACUUAAUGAUGGUGUUGGAGUCGUGCCUGGCCAUGCAGUCAUGGGUGAACAGAGAGUACAGGAGGGGACUGAGCACGCACCCCUGAGGGGCCCCCGUGUUGAGGAUCAGUGUGGCAGAUGUGUUGUUACCUACCCUUACCACCUGGGGGCGGCCCGUCAGGAAGUCCAGGAUCCAGUUGCAGAGGGAGGUGUUUAGUCCCAGGAUCCUUAGCUUAGUGAUGAGCUUUGAGGGCACUAUGGUGUUGAAUGCUGAGCUGUAGUCAAUGAAUAGCAUUCUCACGUAGGUGUUCCUCUUGUCCAGGUGGGAAAGGGCAGUGUGGAGUGCGAUAGAGAUUGCAUCAUCUGUGGAUCUGUUGGGGCGGUAUGCAAAUUGGAGUGGGUCUAGGGUUUCUGGGAUUAUGCUGUUGAUGUGAGCCAUGACCAGUCUUUCAAAGCACUUCAUGGCUACAGACGUCAGUGCCACGGGUCGGUAGUCAUUUAGGCAGGUUAUCUUAGCGUUCUUGGGCACGGGGACUAUGGUGGUCUGCUUGAAACAUGUUGGUAUUACAGACUCAGUCAGGGACAUGUUGAAAAUGUCAGUGAAGACACUUGCCAGUUGGUCAGCACAUGCUCAGAGUACACGUCCUGGUAAUCCGUCUGGCCCUGCGGCCUUGUGAAUGUUGACCUGCUUAAAAGUCUUACUCACAUCGGCUACGGAGAGCGUGAUCACAUAGUCGUCCGGAACAGCUGGUGCUCUCAUGCAUGCUUCAGUGUUGCUUGCCUCGAAGCGAGCAUAGAAGUGGUUUAGCUCGUCUGGUAGGCUUGUGUCACUGGGCAGCUCGCGGCUGUGCUUCCCUUUGUAGUCUGUAAUAGUUUUCAAGCCCUGCCACAUCCGACGAGCGUCAGAGCCAGUGUAGUAUGAUUCAAUCUUAGACCUGUAUUGACUCUUUGCCUGUUUGAUGGUUCGUCGGAGGUCAUAGCGGGAUUUCUUAUAAGCGUCCGGGUUAGAGUCCCGUUCCUUGAAAGCGGCAGCUCUACCCUUUAGCUCAGUGCGGAUGUUUCCUGUAAUCCAUGGCUUCUGGUUGGGGUAUGUACGUACGGUCACUGUGGGGACGACAUCAUCGAUGCACUUAUUGAUGAAGCCAGUGACUGAUGUGGUGUACUCCUCAAUGCUGUCUGAAGAAUCCCGGAACAUGUUCCAGUCUGUGCUAGCAAAACAGUCCUGUAGCUUAGCAUCUGCGUCAUCUGACCACUUUUUUAUUAGCCGAAUCACUGGUGCUUCCUGCUUCAGUUUUUGCUUAUAAGCAGGAAUCAGGAGGAUAGAGUUAUGGUCAGAUUUGCCAAAUGGAGGGCGAGGGAGAGCUUUGUAUGCGUCUCUGUGUGUGGAGUAAAGGUGGUCUAGAGUUUUUUCCCCUCUGGUUGCACAUUUAACAUGCUGGUAGAAAUGAGGUAGAACGGAUUUAAGUUUCCCUGCAUUAAAGUCCCCCUGCUACUAGGAGCGCUGCAUCUGGAUGAGCGUUUUCCUGUUGAUUAAUGGCCUUGUACAACUCAUUCAGUGCAAUCUUAAUGCCAGCAUUGGUUUGUGGUGGUAAAUAGACAGCUAUGAAAAGUAUAGAUGAAAACUCUCUUGGUAAAUAGUGUGGUCUACAGCUUAUCAUAAGAUACUCUACCUCAGGCGAGCAAAACCUUGAGACUUCCUUAGUAUUUGAUUUUGUGCACCAGCUGUUGUUUACAAAAAUACAGAGACCGCCACCCCUCGUCUUACCCGAGUCUGCCGUUCUGUCCUGCCGAUGUAGCGUAUAGCCUGCUAGCUGAAUGUUGUCAUUGUUGUCAUUCAGCCACGACUCCGUGAAACAUAAGAUAUUACAGUUUUUAAUGUCCCGUUGGUAGGAUAACCGUAAUCUUAAAUCGUCCAUUUUAUUCUCCAAAGCUUGAACGUUGGCUAAUAGGAUUGAUGGGAGAGGCAGUUUACUCGUUCGCCGUCGGAUCCUUACAAGGCACCCCGACCUACGUCCACGAAAUCUCCGUCUCUUCCUCACGCGAAUGACGGGGAUCUGGGCCUUGUCGGGUGUCUGUAGGAUAUCCUUCGCGAACGCCUCGUUGAAGAAAAAGUGUUCGUCCAACGCGAGGUGAGUAAUCGCUGUCCUGAUAUCCAGAAGCUCUCUUUGGUUAUAAGAGACGAUGGCAUAAACAUUAUGUACAAAAUAAAUUACAAAUAACGCGGAAAAACACACAUAAUAGUACAAUUGGUUAGAGGGCUGUAAAACGGCAGCCAUCUUCUUCCGGCGCUAGACAAGGUGUGAUAUCUUUUUAGUUACGAUUAACUUUAUAACUUGUGCUGAUGAUGAUGAUUUUCAUGUAAAUGUCCUCUAAAUAUCCAGGAGGGCAGACGAUCAUUAAAAAAUGAAGCUGGUGACAUGACGAUCAUCAUGUUAACCUACCUUGUCCACUUGAUCAGCGGACUGUUGUCUCUAGAGAGCGUGCGGACAAAACAGAUUGGGCGAGUUUAGCUGUUUAUCGCAACAGUUUUUUUUUUUUGUGACGAAACCAUCUUCGAGUUGAAAAUGGAAACCGUUUUUAUAUUUUAUUCUGUACGUGAACGCUUAAGGCUCAAAAGUGCUUUUAUAUGCACUGUGUCAUCACGCACAGCAAUUUAUCUGCCAAAAAGUCAGUUUUUUUUCCCUAUGCUGACUUUAGAAUAUUCGCAUGAAAUUCUGUCGCCAAUUGGAAGGAAACCCAGCUUACCGUCUCCAAAUGAGGAGGGAAAUUCCAUAGUAGGCAGAUGUUGCUGCUUUUACAUUUAACAUGUCUGUUCUCAGUUAUCAAAUGUCUUUGUCGUUCGUCAGUCCUCUCAACAUGUUCUCUAUGCAGUCUGAUAAGUACCGCCGGAGCAGGUUUUCCCUAUUCUAGAGGGAAUCCCCAUCGGUGUGUUUGUUCCAGAUGCACAUUCUUUUCUGUUUAGGUCGUUGGAGGUCAUAGUAUUGUCAUAUCAAUGCGUCCCAAAUGGCACCCUUUCCCCUAUAUAGUGCACUACUUUUAUCCAAGGCCCGUAGGGUAACGUUUGGGACAAACACAUUGUUGAUGUGUCUCCUAAGAGGUUAAAACACUUCUUCAGGCAUGUUAAAACCGAUACUCUGCCAAGCUCUGAAAACACACCCUGAAUUUGUCCUCACCCCAUAGUUCUCCCUCCCCCCCUCCCCCCAUGGCUCUCUGUCCCUCCCCCUCACCCCAAUGGCUCUCCCUCCCUCCCCCUCACCCCAUGGCUCUCCUCCCUCCCUCCCUCCCUCCCUCCCUCCCUCCCUCCCCCUCCCCCCCAUGGCUCUCUCUCCCUCCCCCCUCCCCCCCAUGGCUCUCUCUCCCUCCCCCCCCAUGGCUCUCUCUCCCGCCCUCCCCCCCAUGGCUCUCUCUCUCUCCCUACCCCCAUGGCUUUCUCUCCCUCCCUCCCCCCAUAGUUCUCCCUCCCUCCCCCUCCCCCAGGUCAGCAGCUCAGGGCCAGGAGAAUAGGUCCUUCACUAGAGGAUCAGCAGGGUUAACUACCCCAGUGCAGUCGGGCAGACACUCCUCCAUGUUCUCAGGAGAGCCAGGCUAUGAGAGGGGGUCUCGCCUGCCCCCCCGGGGCACCCCUGCCCCGGGUGGUGGGGAGUUCCGUACCCCCUUCAGCAGCAGACUGGGGCUAGGUCUGCCCCCCACCCCGCCAGGCAGUGUUGGCAACAGGAGGGAUCUACAGGGGUUCAGGACAGCCCCCAGCUCUGAGGUUAAAGUCAGAAAGAUACCGCAGGUUUGUGAGGAUACAGACAGACAGACAGGCAGACAGAUUUGUCAGCAGUAGAUUUAAAAACAAAAGGGCUCACUUAGAACUCUCUUCCUGUUUACUCAGUGUUCCAGAGUGUAUUUCCCAUCCUCUUCCUGUGUACUCAGGGUUCCAGAGUGUAUUUCCCAUCCUCUUCCUGUGUACUCAGUGUACCAGAGUGUGUAUUUCCCAUCCUCUUCCUGUGUACUCAGUGUUCCAGAGUGUAUUUCCCAUCCUCUUCCUGUGUACUCAGGGUUCCAGAGUGUAUUUCCCAUCCUCUUCCUGUGUACUCAGUGUUCCAGAGUGUAUUUCCCAUCCUCUUUCUGUGUACUCAGGGUUCCAGAGUGUAUUUCCCAUCCUCUUCCUGUGUACUCAGGGUUCCAGAGUGUAUUUCCCAUCCUCUUCCUGUGUACUCAGGGUUCCAGAGUGUAUUUCCCAUCCUCUUCCUGUGUACUCAGUGUACCAGAGUGUGUAUUUCCCAUCCUCUUCCUGUGUACUCAGUGUUCCAGAGUGUAUUUCCCAUCCUCUUCCUGUGUACUCAGGGUUCCAGAGUGUAUUUCCCAUCCUCUUCCUGUGUACUCAGUGUUCCAGAGUGUAUUUCCCAUCCUCUUCCUGUGUACUCAGGGUUCCAGAGUGUAUUUCCCAUCCUCUUCCUGUGUACUCAGGGUUCCAGAGUGUAUUUCCCAUCCUCUUCCUGUGUACUCAGGGUUCCAGAGUGUAUUUCCCAUCCUCUUCCUGUGUACUCAGUGUACCAGAGUGUGUAUUUCCCAUCCUCUUCCUGUGUACUCAGUGUUCCAGAGUGUAUUUCCCAUCCUCUUCCUGUGUACUCAGGGUUCCAGAGUGUAUUUCCCAUCCUCUUCCUGUGUACUCAGUGUUCCAGAGUGUAUUUCCCAUCCUCUUCCUGUGUACUCAGGGUUCCAGAGUGUAUUUCCCAUCCUCUUCCUGUGUACUCAGGGUUCCAGAGUGUAUUUCCCAUCCUCUUCCUGUGUACUCAGUGUUCCAGAGUGUAUUUCCCAUUCUCUUCCUGUGUACUCAGGGUUCCAGAGUGUAUUUCCCAUCCUCUUCCUGUGUACUCAGUGUUCCAGAGUGUAUUUCCCCAUCCUCUUCCUGUGUACUCAGGGUUCCAGAGUGUAUUUCCCAUCCUCUUCCUGUGUACUCAGUGUUCCAGAGUGUAUUUCCCAUCCUCUUCCUGUGUACUCAGUGUUCCAGAGUGUAUUUCCCAUCCUCUUCCUGUGUACUCAGUGUUCCAGAGUGUAUUUCCCAUCCUCUUCCUGUGUACUCAGGGUUCCAGAGUGUAUUUCCCAUCCUCUUCCUGUGUACUCAGGGUUCCAGAGUGUAUUUCCCAUCCUCUUCCUGUGUACUCAGGGUUCCAGAGUGUAUUUCCCAUCCUCUUCCUGUGUACUCAGGGUUCCAGAGUGUAUUUCCCAUCCUCUUCCUGUGUACUCAGGGUUCCAGAGUGUGUAUUUCCCAUCCUCUUCCUGUGUACUCAGGGUUCCAGAGUGUAUUUCCCAUCCUCUUUCCUUCACUGUGUCACUAUGACAUGUCGUUGACUGAUCAGUGACUAAAGUAUGCACUAGUGCUAAUAAUCCAUUGAUUCCAUUGCUGCCAGACAAGCUCAAUCAAACAUCCGCUAAAGUGUUUUGAAGUGGAAACGAAUACCAUUUGAACCCAUGUCUAGUAUGGACAAUCUCCUAACCUAACCUCCAGUCCUCUGCCCCAGGCCAGGAUACAGUAGCCUGGUCCUAACCUAACCUCCAGUCCUCUGCCCCAGGCCAGGAUACAGUAGCCUGGUCCUAACCUAACCUCCAGUCCUCUGCCCCAGGCCAGGAUACAGUAGCCUGGUCCUAACCUAACCUCCAGUCCUCUGCCCCAGGCCAGGAUACAGUAGCCUGGUCCUAACCUAACCUCCAGUCCUCUGCCCCAGGCCAGGAUACAGUAGCCUGGUCCUAACCUAACCUCCAGUCCUCUGCCCCAGGCCAGGAUACAGUAGCCUGGUCCUAACCUAACCUCCAGUCCUCUGCCCCAGGCCAGGAUACAGUAGCCUGGUCCUAACCUAACCUCCAGUCCUCUGCCCCAGGCCAGGAUACAGUAGCCUGGUCCUAACCUAACCUCCAGUCCUCUGCCCCAGGCCAGGAUACAGUAGCCUGGUCCUAACCUAACCUCCAGUCCUCUGCCCCAGGCCAGGAUACAGUAGCCUGGUCCUAACCUAACCUCCAGUCCUCUGCCCCAGGCCAGGAUACAGUAACCUGGUCCUAACCUAACCUCCAGUCCUCUGCCCCAGGCCAGGAUACAGUAACCUGGUCCUAACCUAACCUCCAGUCCUCUGCCCCAGGCCAGGAUACAGUAGCCUGGUCCUAACCUAACCUCCAGUCCUCUGCCCCAGGCCAGGAUACAGUAGCCUGGUCCUAACCUAACCUCCAGUCCUCUGCCCCAGGCCAGGAUACAGUAGCCUGGUCCUAACCUAACCUCCAGUCAUCUGCCCCAGGCCAGGAUACAGUAGCCUGGUCCUAACCUAACCUCCAGUCCUCUGCCCCAGGCCAGGAUACAGUAGCCUGGUCCUAACCUAACCUCCAGUCCUCUGCCCCAGGCCAGGAUACAGUAGCCUGGUCCUAACCUAACCUCCAGUCCUCUGCCCCAGGCCAGGAUACAGUAGCCUGGUCCUAACCUAACCUCCAGUCCUCUGCCCCAGGCCAGGAUACAGUAACCUGGUCCUAACCUAACCUCCAGUCCUCUGCCCCAGGCCAGGAUACAGUACCCUGGUCCUAACCUAACCUCCAGUCCACUGCCCCAGGCCAGGAUACAGUACCCUGGUCCUAACCUAACCUCCAGUCCUCUGCCCCAGGCCAGGAUACAGUAGCCUGGUCCUAACCUAACCUCCAGUCCUCUGCCCCAGGCCAGGAUACAGUAGCCUGGUCCUAACCUAACCUCCAGUCCUCCGCCCCAGACCAGGAUACAGUAGCCUGGUCCUAACCUAACCUCCAGUCCUCCGCCCCAGGCCAGGAUACAGUAGCCUGGUCCUAACCUAACCUCCAGUCCUCUGCCCCAGGCCAGGAUACAGUAUUCUGGUCCUAACCUAACCUCCAGUCCUCUGCCCCAGGCCAGGAUACAGUAUUCUGGUCCUAACCUAACCUCCAGUCCUCUGCCCCAGGCCAGGAUACAGUAGCCUGGUCCUAACCUAACCUCCAGUCCUCUGCCCCAGGCCAGGAUACAGUAACCUGGUCCUAACCUAACCUCCAGUCCUCUGCCCCAGGCCAGGAUACAGUACCCUGGUCCUAACCUAACCUCCAGUCCACUGCCCCAGGCCAGGAUACAGUACCCUGGUCCUAACCUAACCUCCAGUCCUCUGCCCCAGGCCAGGAUACAGUAGCCUGGUCCUAACCUAACCUCCAGUCCUCUGCCCCAGGCCAGGAUACAGUAGCCUGGUCCUAACCUAACCUCCAGUCCUCUGCCCCAGGCCAGGAUACAGUAGCCUGGUCCUAACCUAACCUCCAGUCCUCUGCCCCAGGCCAGGAUACAGUAGCCUGGUCCUAACCUAACCUCCAGUCCUCCGCCCCAGGCCAGGAUACAGUAGCCUGGUCCUAACCUAACCUCCAGUCCUCCGCCCCAGGCCAGGAUACAGUAGCCUGGUCCUAACCUAACCUCCAGUCCUCUGCCCCAGGCCAGGAUACAGUAGCCUGGUCCUAACCUAACCUCCAGUCCUCUGCCCCAGGCCAGGAUACAGUAGCCUGGUCCUAACCUAACCUCCAGUCCUCUGCCCCAGGCCAGGAUACAGUAGCCUGGUCCUAACCUUACCUCCAGUCCUCUGCCCCAGGCCAGGAUACAGUAGCCUGGUCCUAACCUAACCUCCAGUCCUCUGCCCCAGGCCAGGAUACAGUAGCCUGGUCCUAACCUAACCUCCAGUCCUCUGCCCCAGGCCAGGAUACAGUAACCUGGUCCUAACCUAACCUCCAGUCCUCUGCCCCAGGCCAGGAUACAGUAGCCUGGUCCUAACCUAACCUCCAGUCCUCUGCCCCAGGCCAGGAUACAGUAGCCUGGUACCAGAUCUGCUUGCGACAUACAGCACAAACUGAUCUGGGACCAGGCUAAGGACACACCUAGGGCUCGACUCAAUCAGAUCCGCUUUAGCCAACAUCUGCAUAGUGGUUGUUUUGACGGUGGCGGAGGUGGAACUGUGUUCGAGCUGUCCAAUCCACAAGUGGCUGCCAGCAUUAUACCUAAAGCGGACGUUGCCAUUGGCUGCACGGCGUCGCAUUGACAGAAAUCCCAUACAGCCUUGUUUUACAAGUUCCAACACUAGAAUGUGAGAGGUACCUCUAAACCUCACCUCGAUUAUUUAGUUUAAUGAUUUUUUUUUUUACAAUUUUGAGUGUAAUUUUGUGUGUAGGUUACACUUUAACAUUCUGAACAUCUAACGCGUGGGGCGGGUGCUGGCGACAAUGAUCACAAGAGCAGCGGGUGUCUGCCAUCGCCGGUGAACGCUUGAUCUGAUUGAGUCUGACCCUGAUGUUGCCGCUGGGUUUCUGUUUAGUGGGUUUUCUUAAACAUUCUCCAUGUCUGCGGAAUGAGCCUUAGGCUGCGUCCCAAAUAGCUCCCUGUACCCCUGUAUAGCCCUGUGGUCCCUGUUCAGAAAGUAAUACACUAGAUAGAGAAUAAGGGAGUGGUUUCUCUCGACGCUUCCAGAAGGACGUGGAAGGGAGCAGCGACGUGGCCGUGCAGAACUCCUCCAAGGCAGCGGACGGACCCGUGGUAGCAGCGGCGUCGUCAAAGACGGUCAGCGCCUCCGUGGACGACUCUGAGAUGAAGAAACUGUCAGAGGAGUGCAAGAGACUGCAGGCUGAGAUGGGCAAACUGACUGACGAGAACAGACAACUCAAG